CCGCCUCCCUCCGUCCCUCUGAAUCGUACGCAGCCCUCCUGCUUCGACCAAAAUAGACAGUUUCGGGCUGAGUAGCAGCUGAUAUCAACCAGAAAUGGCUGCCACUGGAGUUCUUCCCUUCAUCAGGGGGGUGGACCUGAGUGGAAACGACUUCAAAGGUGGGUACUUCCCAGAGCAUGUCAAGUGUAUGAGCAGUCUGCGAUGGCUGAAACUGAACAGGACAGGACUUUGUUACCUGCCAGAGGAGCUGGCCUCUCUGCAGAAGCUGGAGCAUCUUUCAGUGAGUCACAACAGCCUGACCACCUUACAUGGAGAACUGUCCAAUUUGCCCAACCUACGGGCGGUGGUAGCCAGAGCCAACAACCUGAAAAACUCAGGAGUCCCAGAUGACAUCUUUCAACUCGAUGAUCUUUCUGUGCUGGACCUGAGUUACAAUCAGCUGACAGAGAUUCCCAGGGACCUGGAGAACAGCAGAAACAUGCUAGUGCUGAAUCUGAGCCACAACAGUAUUGACUCCAUUCCCAACCAGCUGUUCAUCAACUUAACAGACCUGCUGUACCUGGACCUGAGCGACAACAAGCUGGACAGUCUCCCACCUCAGAUGAGACGCCUAGUGCAUCUUCAGACUCUCACACUGAACAACAACCCACUGAUGCAUGCUCAGUUGCGACAGUUACCAGCCAUGGUGGCAUUACAGACUCUCCACUUGAGGAACACUCAGAGGACGCAGAGCAACAUGCCCACCAGCCUGGAGGGACUGACACAGUUAGCAGAUGUUGACCUUUCAUGUAACGACCUGUCUCGAGUGCCAGAGUGCCUCUAUUCACUGGGCAGUCUGAAGAGACUUAACCUGAGCAGCAAUCAGAUCUCUGAGCUCUCCCUCUGCAUUGACCAGUGGACUCAGCUGGAGACACUUAAUCUGAGCCGUAAUCAGCUCACCUCAUUGCCUUCUGCUAUUUGUAAGCUCUCCAAGCUGAAGAAGCUGUAUGUGAACUCCAACAAACUGGACUUUGAUGGCGUUCCACCUGGCGUGGGUAAACUCUCAAGCCUCACUGAGUUUAUGGCUGCAAACAACAACCUGGAGCUUAUCCCUGAGGGUCUCUGCAGGUGUGGCAAGUUGAAGAAGCUGGUGCUGAAUAAAAAUCGCCUCGUGACUCUGCCUGAAGCUAUCCACUUCUUGACUGAUUUAGAGAUUCUGGACGUGCGUGAGAACCCCAACCUGGUGAUGCCUCCUAAACCUGUGGACAGAGGAUCAGAGUGGUACAACAUUGACUUCUCCCUACAGAACCAGCUCCGACUGGCCGGAGCCUCGCCUGCUACAGUGGCUGCUGCUGGUGGAGGGGCCAGCCCCCGAGAUCACCUGGCAAGGAAGAUGAGGCUGAGGAGGAGAAAGGACUGCUCUCAGGACGAUCAGGCAAAGCAGGUGUUGAAGGGCAUGAGUGACGUCGCACAGGAGAAGAAGAACAUGGAGCAGGAUAACGGAGACUUGAAAUAUGGCGAUUUAAAGAUUCGACGUUGGGACAAGAGUCUAGAGAAGCCUCAUCUGGACUAUUCUGAGUUCUUUAUGGAGGACGUGGGACAGGUUCCAGGUGUAACAGUGUGGCAGAUAGAGAACUUCAUUCCUCUUCAAAUGGAUGAAACCUUCCAUGGAAAAUUCUAUGAGGCAGACUGUUAUAUUAUCCUCAAGACUUUCUUGGAUGAUAACGGAGCACUGAACUGGGAGAUCUACUACUGGAUUGGUCAGGAAUCUACUCUGGACAAGAAAGCCAGUUCUGCAAUCCAUGCCGUCAACCUCCGAAAUUUCCUUGGAGCAGAGUGCAGGUCGAUAAGGGAAGAGAUGGGAGAUGAGAGUGAUGAGUUCAGCGCGGUGUUUAACAAUGAGAUCUCCUACAUUGAGGGAGGAACAGCCAGUGGAUUCUACACUGUGGAGGACACAAACUAUUCUCUCAGGUUGUACAGAGUUUAUGGCAAGAAAAACAUCAGACUUGAAUCUGUGCCUGUGAAGAACUCCUCCCUCGACCCACGCUACGUCUUCCUGUUGGACACCGGACUAGAAAUCUCUAUCUGGAGAGGAGCCAAUGCUACUCUCAGCAGUACCACAAAGGCAAGGUUAUUUGCAGAAAAGAUAAAUAAGAAUGAGCGCAAGGGUAAGGCAGAGAUUGUAACACUCAGGCAGAACCAGGAACCUCCAACGUUCUGGGAGACGCUGGGAGGACAACCAGAGGAGAUCAAGAAACACGUACCAGAUGACUUCUCUCCCGUCAGACCUAAACUAUAUAAGGUGGGCUUGGGUCUGGGCUAUCUGGAGUUGCCACAGGUUAACUACAAGCUGUCAGUGGAGCACAAAGACCACAAGAUCAAACUGGACACUCUGCCAGAACUAAGACUGGUGCAGUCUCUUCUGGACACAAAGUGCGUGUACAUCCUGGACUGCUGGUCUGAUGUGUUUAUCUGGAUCGGGAGGAAGUCACCCCGUCUCGUCCGAGCAGCUGCUUUGAAACUGGGCCAGGAGAUUUGCUCCAUGCUGCAUCGGCCCAAACAUGCCUGUGUCACCCGCAACCUGGAGGGAACUGAGUGUCAGGUGUUUAAAUCCAAGUUCAAGAACUGGGAUGAUGUGUUGAAGGUGGAUUACACCAGAGCAGCAGAAACUGUACAGCAGAAAGACAACCUGCAGGGCAAGGUGAAGAAAGAUGCAGAGAAGAAAGACCAGAUGAAAGCUGACCUCACAGCUCUCUUCCUCCCCAGGCAGCCAGCCAUGCCUCUCACUGAGGCUGAGCAGCUGACAGAGGAGUGGAACGAGGACCUGGACGGCAUGGAAGGAUUUGUGUUGGAGGGAAAGAAGUUUGCUCGUCUGCCAGAAGAAGAGUUUGGGCAUUUCUUCACACAGGACUGUUACGUCUUCCUCUGCAGAUACUGGGUGCCUGUGGAGUACGAGGAUGAUGAGAAAGAGAAAAAGGCAGGUGAAGGUGGUGGAGGUGAAGGAGGACGAGAGGAGGAGGAGGACAAACAGCCAGAGGAGGACUUCCAGUGUGUGGUGUACUUCUGGCAGGGCAGACAGGCGUCCAACAUGGGCUGGCUCACCUUCACCUUCUCCCUACAGAAGAAGUUUGAGAGUCUUUUCCCUGGAAAAUUGAAGGUGGUGAGAAUGACACAGCAGCAGGAGAACCUCAAGUUCCUGUCCCAUUUUAAGAGGAAGUUCAUCAUCCACAAAGGGAAGAGGAAACAGAAGACGGACUCUGCUCAGCCCUCACUCUACCACAUACGCACCAAUGGCAGCGCACUUUGCACCAGGACCAUCCAGAUUGGAACAGAUUCAAGCAAUCUCAACUCGGAGUUCUGCUUCAUACUCAAGGUACCAUUUGAGAGCACAGACAAUCAGGGCAUAGUUUACACCUGGGUGGGCAGAGCUGCUGAUCCAGACGAAGCAAAACUGGCCGAGGACAUCAUGAACAGCAUGUUUGACGACACAUACAGCAAACAGGUAAUUAACGAGGGAGAGGAGCCGGAGAACUUCUUUUGGGUCGGUAUUGGUUCUCAGAAAGAGUAUGAUGAAGAUGCAGUUUACAUGAAAUAUGCUCGUCUCUUCAGGUGUUCAAAUGAGAAGGGCUACUUCUCCGUGUCAGAGAAAUGCUCGGACUUCUGUCAGGACGACUUGGCUGACGAUGACAUCAUGUUGCUGGACAAUGGCAACGAGGUCUACAUGUGGGUUGGCACUCAGACCAGCCAGGUGGAGAUCAAACUCAGUCUCAAAGCGUGUCAGGUUUACAUCCAGCACAUGCGCUCCAAAGACGCCGAACACCCGAGGAAGCUGCGAUUGGUGCGGAAGGGAAACGAGCCUCACUGCUUCACACGCUGCUUUCACGCCUGGGGAGCUUUCAAAACUCCACCCGCAUAGACAAGCACAUGCACACAUGCUAUAAAACAGCUCACACCUUCAAACUCAUUCAUUGCCAUGAACUUUUCUACCAGGUAGAUGCUAUGAUAAUAAUGAUGUCUCUAUGCUUAUAUACGUCCAGUUAUACCUGCUGCUGUUCUUCAGAUGUUUGAGCUCCACAUCCCAAACACACAAAGUUCUUCUGAUUGAGACGCUCUUUUCUCAGCUUCUUGUCCUUGAGGAAAAUAUAUUUUCUUUUUUUUUGUACAAGCUUUUUAGCAGGGAGUCUGAUGUUGAAAAAUAAUUAAGAGAAUUAUGUUUUUAGAUGAAAUAUCGAAGAUGUUUAAAGACUUUAAUAAAAUAAAAAAAACCAAAGGGAGGUGAAUCCAUGAACAUAUUGCACUCUUUUGCUGCUUUCACACAGCUUGUGCUGCAUGGUUGAGUGUUUUCAGUUCCCUCUGAGCUCAGUGCCAUUUUGUGCAUCUUAGUUUUAAGCAGUGUCGAGGGAUUGAAUGGAAAACUAUAUUUGUUUUCAUGGGAAUGUUGGUUUAUAUACAUAUAUUUUUUGUUUCCUAUUGUGUGGACUAUACAUGGAAUGUGUGUGUUUACCCCAUGCGCCUUUGACUGAAAAGGGAUUCGUCCCUUUACCAUAGUCUGAUUGAACUGGUCUCUUAUCUUCUGUAACCUGCACACUGAUCUGAAACAGGUGUUCUUAUGUAAAAUGUUUCAGAUUAAAGUUAAAACUAAAAGAAAAAUUGGAUUGUGACACAGAGCCUUGUUUCAAAAAUGUGCAAUCAGUGAAGCCUGGGAGAUGUUAAAACGAACUAAUACUGUGGACUGCAAUUAUCUCGUCACAAAUGUGUAGGUUCUUGCUUUUCUUGGGUGGAGAUAAUAAAAACUGCCAAAAUGUUCAGUGGAAAAUGUAAAUGCGUGAUUCUACAGGUAAAAUAUUUAACAUGUCACUCAGAUAUCGAUCAAAUGCUCUUGCUUUGUCUUUCAAAUGUUUCUUUUUUGGAUUUGAUGUCGCAUCAUAUCAGACUUAUCUUGACAAAUAGAGACUUUCAGCUCGGCUGCUCACGGUUAGUGGCCUCGAGCAUUAAAUUAGGGAGUACAAAACUGCUGCAGUGCAUCAUGUGUAAGUGUGAUAUGUAUUUAUCUUUGGCUGCAUCUUUGAUCACUUUUUGUUUGUUCUAUAUUUUUGGGGGGGUGAAUUGUUUGCCUGUUAGUACACCGAGUACUACACAAGUUUAUAUGUGGGAGUACAUGCUCCUGAUGCCACCUGCAGAUGCUUUAUUUAUGUAUUUUAUAUAAAAAUAAAUUCUCACAUCACA